AUGUUGAACUUGGCCACUUUCGCAUCUCUCCUGGCAUUCAGCGCAGCUGGUCUUCUACCGACACCUGCAUCACCAGGUGGAACAUACCUACCGCCCAAUGGGCCUGCAGCUCAAAGCGCCACCUACCUACCACCUGGAGGCAACACGCGGGCCCAGCAGGCCGUGGAGAGAAAUGCAGCUGUCUUGAGAUUGGAUCAAGAAGUUGGUGAAGAAGGUUUUCGCUACGUAUACGAAACGUCAAACAACAUCCAAGCUGAAGAGGCAGGUGAUAGCACUCAGACGAAGGGAGGUUUCUCCUACAAAGGCGAUGAUGGCAAGACCUACUCCAUCACGUUUACAGCUGGAGAGGGAGGUUACCAGCCGCAAGGUGACCAUCUGCCAGUACCGCCACCUACUCCUCAGGAAAUCCUGUUGGCUUUAGAACAGAACGCCCGCGAUGAGGCUGCAGGCAUAUACGAUGAUGGCCAAUACCACCCAGAAGCAUCUGAAAAUGAAGGAUCUUCAAAUUUCGGCUCUGCCAAUAGACAAGGCAGCUUUGACUCCAAGUCUGGCUAUUCUUACUAA